CCUGUUAUAUAUCCUGGUAGUUUUCCAGGCUUUGAAAACGGAAAAUUAUGUUAACAGAGUGACUUAGAAAUCUGAUAAACAUUCGACUGGAUAAUUCUGAAAUGGAAUGGCUUAAAUUGUGUUUGCUCGUUGGAAGCGUUUUCGCUUUCUGCGAAAGUGCUAAGGAUUAUUAUUUUGUGAUUGCACCAAACUUGAUAAGGUUUAAUCACCAAGAGACAUUGCUGGUCAAUAUAUUUGGCAACAGGCGGAAUGUACCGGUAUCGGUUUGGCUAGAGUAUCGGGGUAAACAAUUUUCUAGGAAAACUGUGACAGUUCCAGAUGAGGAAACCCCCGUUAGCACAACGAUAAGGGUAACAGAGUCGGAUAUUUUCAACGCUGAUAUAGAUGAAAAAGCCAGAGUAAUUAGGUUAUGCUCACGACGUGGAUACGAGUAUCAAAUAUGCAAUGACAUAGUACUCAGCUACAAGACUGGCUAUUUGAUCUUACAGACGGACAAACCUAUAUACACUCCACUACAAAAAGUGAAGAUAAAAGUUUUAGCUCUAGAUGAAUCACUGAAGAAGGUGUCGGGUGAUCAAUGGCAAAUAAACAUGGACAUCGUGAGCCCGUCAAACCUGACUUUGGGAAGAAGAACAUUUACAAGCUCAAGUUCCAGUGGGUUUUACCAAACUGAUUUUUCUUUACCAUCUAACCCUGAAAUUGGUACAUGGACAGCUCGUGCAUUCUACGGUGGACAGUUUGAAACAGUGGGAAGAUCUUUAUUUCAAAUUGAGGAAUACGUAUUGCCUACAUUUGGUGUAACCAUUGACGUAUCCCAGCCGUACAUUUUGUUAAAUCAAUUUGAGGAAAGCAAGAUUGACAUUACAGUUAUGGCAAAGUAUGUGUAUGGGAAGCCGGUAGCAGGAACGGCAAGACUGUCUUUGAAUGUCACAUAUCCGUGGGGUGGCAGUAACUAUCUCUUUGACGUAAACCGAAAAGAGCUUGAGAAGGGACAUGCAGAAUUCAGUAUAAAAUUACUGGACAAUAUUGGUGUUGACGGUAGUCGACUUGUAGUUAUCGCUACAGUGUUUGAAAGUGCGACGGGGAAAGUGGAAAGCACCUUUAACGAUGCGACUGUGUUUGCUAGAGAGCCUUUUGUUUUCAAAUUUACUAGAUGUAAGCGAUAUUUUAGAAAAGGAAUGGACUACUAUGUUAAGGUUGAUAUGCAUACUCCAAAUGGUGUCCCUGCUGCUGGUAAAAAUAUAACACUAGCGUUCUUAGACGAAAAAGGUGGGUUAAUUGGUUCUAAAGAAGCACAGACAGAUAGCAACGGACAAACAUUUGUUUCUUAUAUUGGAACAUCACAUGCUAAUCGUCUACGUUUUAAGGUUUUAGGGCCUGGCUCUUCACGCCGACAGGAGAGCGAUAUUUUUGAAGCUAUAGCGUAUGACGAUAUAAACCAAGUUCUUGUGGAGUAUGUCACUAUAGACAACAAAAUGCUAAUGAAAGUCUACUCAAAUGUGCAGAUAAAUAAUACUGGACCAAGUUACACUGGAAUGUUGUUUGUGGUUUUAUCACAAGGAAAGAUAGUCCGAUCUGUUUUCAUAUCAAAACGUAUCACAGCAACUGAACCACUUGAUGAUAUUUUGCAAGAACGUAUCAGUCCAUCAGGAAGACUGUUGGUAUUUUACGUGGAUGAACAGCUGAACAAAGUUGUAGCAGACUCCGUCAAAAUAGAGGUGGAUGCAAAAUGUAGAGGCAAAGUGUUAUCCUUAAAGCCUGAACAAAAUACGGUGACUCCUGGGUCAACAGAUAAGCUUAUUAUUACUGGAACACCUUUCUCGUGGGUUGGCCUCAAUGUCAUGGACAAAGCCUUGCUACUUUUAAAUGACAAAAACAUACUGACGAAAAGUAAGAUGUUCGAUGCUCUGAGGUCACACGAUCUCGGGUGUGGUGAAGGUAGCGGUAGAAAUAAUGGAGACGUGUUCAAGAAUGCAGGUGUAUCCAUUUUGACGAACGCCAAGGUUGAAUUGGAGAUGUACGGUUGUAAUCCAAACUCCAGAAAAAGACGUGCCACUGAUGAUUGCAAUGGAGCUGACGAAAGGUGUUGUAUAUAUGGUAAAUGGUAUGCUGGAAAGGUUUUUAACGAAACUGCUAAAGAAGAAAGGGCAAAAUUAGAUUCAUACACUUUGUGCUACUCUGCUGCAAAGAAAGCGUUUGAAACUAACCAUUAUGCAAUCAGAUGCAUCCAGUCUAUCUUACGUUCAUGUAUAGAUAAGAUGGAGUCAUUGAUUUCAAAAAUUACUAAACUCAUGUCAAGAUCAUUAGAAGACGUUAGCUAUUAUGCACGUGAUUUACAGUUCCUCGCUGAAAACAAGAUCAAACCUCAUAUAAGAACGGAUUUCAGGGAGUCAUUCAUGUUUGAAGAAGUGCAACUAAAUGUAAAUGGACAAGCAACUAAAAUAUAUAGUUACCCGGAUUCAAUAACCGAAUGGAAAAUACAAGCUAUCGGGAUAACUGAGAAUAGUGGAAUGUGUAUUGCUGAUCCAGUGGAUGUAAAAGUGUUUAGAAAGUUCUUCAUCCAACUAGAUCUUCCGUACAAAGCAACAAGAUUUGAAUUAUUUGAAGUUAAGGCUACAUUGUUUAAUUACGGACUUGAAAAGGAUCCUAUCAAACAAGCAAACAUGUACUUGGAGGCAGUGGAAGGUUUGUGUUAUGGUUCGAGCCCAGGUAAGCCGUCCCCAAGAAAAUCAAUCGAAGUAGGUCCAAACAGUGCCACUACUGUUCGAUUUCCCAUUAUACCGCUAAAAGCAGGAAAGUUUUCGGUGAAGGUUACAGCCAUCGUCGUCGAAUUAGGAAUUCCAACGGUUGAUAUAAUCGAAAAGGAUCUUUAUGUUGAAAAUGAGGGUAUUCAGGAAAUAAUAUCGAUACAAGUGUGUCUAGAUCCAACCAAGCAAAGCAAAGACUGCGAAGAUGGCAACAGAGUUAAAACAAUUACUAAAUAUUCCGAUACUGGAUAUUUGGAGCAAGAAUCUACAGUUGACCUCUCAUUACCAAAGAAUGCAAUCAAAGGCACAGGCUCGGCUACAGCAUAUUUACAAGCAAACAUCAUGGACAACGUAGUGCAGUUCAUUCUUAGGGAUGUGGGUAGAAUAUUCAGAAUGCCAGGCGGUUGUGCAGAGCAAACAUGCUCUUCAACCGCCCCAAAUGUGUACGCUUUGAUGUAUUUGAAGAAAACAAAGCAAGCAACAGCUACAAAUAUAAUGCAUGGCUAUAGGUACAUAAGGCAAGGUUUAGAUAGAUUGACGAGCGAGUACCGAAAGCCAGAUGGGUCCUACCAACAAAGUGCUUGGUUGACAGCGUUUGCAGCAAAGAUAUUAUGUCAUGCUGACUAUGUUGUCGAUGACGGAUUGGAAACGACAACUGAUCUUCAACCGACCAUUAGCUAUUUGGCGAAUCUUAUACAUGUAGGAGGAACUUUUAAUGGGAUAAAAAACAUGGGGUAUAGCCACACCUGGUGGUCGAAGGGAGCUACAAAGGACGGCUUUAAACCUUCUAUCACUGCCUUUGUGUUGAUAAGUCUUCUUGAGUGUAAUGUUAUGCAGUCGAAUAUAAGAUAUAAUGUUGACCAAGCAGCUAGGUUCUUAGAAGGUUUAGACUUAUAUUGGCUGAGAAACAACCCGUUCGAUUUAGCUAUAACCACAUACGCUCUUGCUCUGGCUAAAAGUAAAAAAAGAUUUCGUUUCAAGGAUGAGUUAGUCUCAAUUAUGAAGUCAGAUGGAA